AUGUCAUCACCUUCGGCAUCUGCAGAAGACGUCAAACUUACCGCUGAUGGUAAGAUUUGCCUCGACGACCCUGCUGAAUUCCUGAAGAGAAAACCCAAAAAGAGCAUUCUCAAGAUGAAACAAGACACAUCGCUUGAGGGCAAAGAUGGUCGCGCGCACUUUGACGAGAUGAACAUUCUCGCCACUUACCAUCCCGCUGACAAAGACUAUGGUAGCAUGAAAAUUGAUGAGCCAAAAACGCCAUAUCAUCAUUCGGAUGGAGAGAGCGAAGGCGAUGAGGGAGUUCUUGGAGUGCCUUCAACUCGGCCAAGAAGAGUCUCUCUUGGAAAUGCUGUCGACCCAGAAAAGGUCGCCGAGGGACUUGCGCAUCCAGAGUCAGGAAAGUCGCUUUCAUCGGCAGAGGAUUCUGAGGAUGAAGGGGAUCUAACAGAAGAACAACGAGCUCAUCGUCGCGACUUCGAGAAGAAACGUCGUGCUCACUACAACGAGGGAGCUGCUUUGAAGAUGCAUGCUGAUUUGGAUGUUGAAGAGGAGGAGACCGAAGACGGAAAAAUGGAACACUAA